AUGUUUGCAGACGCUGUGCUAGGAGGUUCAAGUAUCAUUCCAACAAAACCAGAGGAAUUGGCAAAUGAGCGUAAGCAAAGAAGAAUGUGCCGAAAGCUGAACACAUCAACUAUUACACCACUAUCCAAGUCCGAAGAGGAGGAGGAGGAGGAGGAGGAGGAGGAGGAGGAGGAUGAGGACCCAGGAAUUGACACCGUGCAGCGAUGGCUAACUGUGGAGAACCCCGUUGGUCAGACGCUGUCUGCAGACACAGUAUUUUCCCGGUGGAUCGUGGAGACUGUAGCGAGGAGUCGGAUUGAGACCGUAUCGUCCCCCGUGGAUCGCGGUGCGAAGAGGCACAACGAGAACACUCCUGUGAUCAAGCGUAGUGCUUUGGACAAGCCUGCCCACCCCGCUUAUGUAGACCUGAAAGUCAGACAGGAGUCGUUUGCUCGCUGGGAGCAUGAGGACACAGUGGGAGCCUCGCAGUUGGCCUCUGCGGGAUUUUUCUACACAAAUAUUGAAGAUAAAACGAUAUGCUUUUCAUGCGGGGGUGGACUGCAAGCCUGGACGAAGGGGGAUGAUCCCUGGAGUGAACAUGCAUUUUAUUUCCCAAAAUGUAAUCAUGUGCAUGAGAUAAAGGGCUCCGAGUUUGCCACUCUCGUGCAGGGCGAGAGACCGGCCACACUGACACCAAAGGUUAGUUCUUAUUUGUCUUUUUCCUUGCAGGAGAUCCAAGCUUUGGCGUGUAAUGAGUCAGCUGGCGCCGAGACCAACAGUGAAGAGGCCAGAGGGGAUGACCCCCUGCAGUGCAAGAUAUGUCUGGAUAAGGAAAUGAGUAUUGUGUUUUUGCCGUGCAAACAUUUUGUCUCUUGUUCUAACUGUGGAAAAGUUGUUAAGAAAUGUGUGGUGUGUCGAGAGUACAUUCGUGGUGUACUGCAGGUGUAUAUGUCUUGA